GCGCGUUCUUUGCCCAAGAGGCGUGUUGACUUCCUUCGAAUCAAUACGACAACCAUCGUUCAACGACACACUUUGCCUGCGGAUAAGGACUGUCGUCAUCCUCCUCAUUCCUCGUUCCCACGAACCACGGGCGACUGCGCUUUGCCGUCAACCAACCCCAUUAGGCGCACGCAUUCAAAAUUCGUCUCAUCAUGGAGAUUGACUCUAGCGCACCUAAUGGUGCAAAUGAAUCACGUCGCAAAUCUGGUCGAGUAAUUCGACGACCUGGACUCUUCUCCCAAGAACACCAGCAGAGCAGUCCUUUUACGAACGGAGCGGUUAAACGAAAACGACCUACAGAUAAUGAAGGCAUUGAUGUGCUAGAAGAUGACGAGGAAGAGGAUUCGGAGGAGUCUGAUACUGACGAAAGCGAAGAUGAGCCAGACGAGGAAGAGUUGAAGGAGCGGCGACGAGCACAGAGAAGCAAAUCGACAACAAAGCCGGCAGCCAAGAGGGCGAAGACAACAGACAAUUCUAGCACAACACUGGCAAUGCGCCCUGCCAAAGGUGGGAGGAUAGCCGGAGGAAAAGCUGCAAAAACCCAGAAGGCCCGCGCUCGACCGAGUCAGGCGCAUCUUCAAGGGCUGUACGCCGAGGUUUUUGGUAAAGGACGAUCGCCAGAGGACGCUGCGUCUGUAUGGUUCCAGUCUGUGCAAAGUGAUAGUGUCACUGGCAUCCGAGACUUGAUCAAUUUCGUCCUGCAGUGCAUUGGUUCUGAUUCUCGGAUUGAAUCUCAAGAUAUCGAAGAUUUGGAUUCUGUCCCGACUAAACUCGGAGAUAUCCUGCAAGAAUACGAGGCGCAAAAGUCUCCCGACUACCCUCUGAUUUCGAGGCAGAAACAGUAUGUUGGCUUUCAGACUGUUCUGGAAGACUUUUUCAAAGCCAUCAUCAAAGCAUUGCACGCUUCCUCAGUAUUCUAUGAGCAACCUGAAGUCUAUGACAAUAUUCAUGUCUGGAUUGCAACCAUGUCGGGCGCCAACUACAAAUCAUUUCGGCACACAGCAACGAUCAUAUCGCUAUCAAUGAGCACUGCCCUGUGCGAGGUUGCGAAAGAACUCCAAGAGACCAUGGCGACAUUGAAAACGCAAAUGGACGCCGAAAAGAAGAAGAGAAGCGUGAACAAGGCUCGCGUCAAGACCAUUGAAGAGAGUCAAAAGGAAACAGAGGAGAAAUUAGAAGCAAUUGACGCUCAGCUGCGAGACGCAUUCGAUACGGUCUACGUCCACCGUUAUCGAGACAUCGAGGAAAAGAUCCGUGCACCAUGUGUUGCAGCACUGGGAAACUGGAUUGUGCUUUACCGGAAAAUGUUUCUGGAAGGCCAAUUCCUUCGGUAUCUUGGAUGGGUCUUGAACGAUACCAGCUCUCCUACCAGAUUGGAGGAUGUCAAACAGUUGAAAAAUCUAUUCAAGAACAAGAAAAACAUUGCCGCCUUGCGAGCCUUCACAGACAGGUUUCGGCCCAGAUUAGUAGAGAUGGGUGCUAGGGAUGCCGACAUCAGCGUAAGGGUGGAGGCCAUCGAGCUUCUCGACAGGCUACGAGAUGCUGAAUUGUUGGAGCCUGACAAUAUUGACACGAUAGGCCGACUCAUCUUCGACAGCGAACCGAGAAUACGAAAAGCUGUCGCAAAAUUCUUUGUCUCAAACAUUGAAGACCUUUACGGCCUGAGCAUUGAGGACUUCGACGAAGCCCAGUAUCAUGCAGCUCUACCCGAUGAAGAUGACGUGGAAGAGUACAUGGUACCAACCCGUUCAUGGAUCAAGUUCAAGUGUUUAGGGUCGAUUCUUGCCGGCUACGACAAUGACGAAGAAUCUUUAGACGGUAAGGGUAGUCGGUCUCUACCUCUCGAUCUUGCCAUCGACUCAAGAUAUACUCUUGCCACCCAAGCUAUAUAUCCGCACAUGAAAGAACUUCAACACUGGGAAUCUCUUGCAGGCUACCUUCUCUACGACCACUCUUCCAUUACCGCCACAGGUGAGGAGGAGGAUAUGAAUGUCCAAGUUCAGCAGGCCUACCAACUCAGCCCGGGCGAAGACAUCAUCCUUCUAGAUGUCCUGCACGCUUCAGUCAAGCAGUAUCUAUCAUCAAUCCUUGAGCCUCCGACAAAUCGCCGCGCUAAUGCCACAAAGGACCAAAUUCGUGAAAAGCAAGAAUCCGCCGCUCAAAACCUCACACAAAUCCUUCCUCAACUCCUGAGCAAGUUUGGUGCUACUCCACAGGCCGCAUCAUCAAUCCUCCGCAUCGAACAACUACUUGACAUUGGUCUGAUAAAUGAUCUCCAGUCCGGCGAGGCCACCUACUCUGCAAUCUUGGAGGACAUAACCAAGCAAUUUACCUCGCACUCGGAUAAGAAGGUCCUGGCCGCCGCGAGUGUGGCACUCCGCAAUGCACGCAGCUUCGAGCAGUCUAAAGAGGCGGUAGACUCGAAAGUCCAAGAGAUCUGGGCCGAGUCUAUAGCCAUGAUUGUCGAUCUUCUCCGUGGAAAAGACGUCGAGAAGCGGGGAACGCUGGACAAGCAAUCACUUGCUGCCAUGGUAAACAGCAUGACUCGUCUGACAGAGUUAGCUGGGGUAUAUGACUGCUCCUCCCUGAUGGAAUCCAAGCUACCAGGGGAAGGUGGACGUAAGCAGAAAGGCAGAGCGGACCAGGGCGUGGACUCGCUGCUCUCUUUAUUAUUGCGUCUUCUAAGAAGAGGCGAGCCUGACGAAGAUACUACCUGGGUCUUCAAUCAGCUGGAGGACCAGUUAUGUACUGCGCUGAUUGAACUCUUCUCGCGCUACUUUCGGUGGAAGAUGGUGGCCUUGAAGAAUGCCAUCUCAACCAAUAACACGGCGCUGCUGUCUACCGCCAAUCUGACUGGGCUCGCAAUGACACGCACCACAUUCGUGGACAACCUAGAAGCGGUCAUCAGUCUGUGCACCCCGUUGGACAGCGUGAGAUGCACUGCCAUCCUCAACAUCCUGGAGCUGUUUGCCCUGUUCACGACGGUGCGCAACAUGCGGCCUGAAAAGGGGGAACUGAACGAAACGGUCGCCCGUAACUUGAAAAGUCUUGUCACGGCCGUGCCGUCCGAGAUUGUCAAGGAGGUCAUGUCUACCUACGAACGUAUGGAGAGAAGUUUUGCCAAGCGAACAAACCGUAAGAUCGAGACGGGCCGCGAGAAGAAGCACAGAGCUGGUGCAAGGGCGGAUGAAGAUGAUGAGGACAUUGAGAAGCCGCCUGAAGAUUCGGACGAGGAAGCGGAGCAGGAGAGUGAUGACGACGAUGACGACGACAACGACGACGACGAGGAUGGAGACACCACGGGCCGAGGGGGCAAGAGAGCAAAGAAGCAGGCAGCCUUGCUCGCGGAGCAAGGGCUUUGUGAAUUGACGAGCAAGAUCUUAUUCGCCAUCGUCGGUGGCGCGAUCAAGGAUGACAGCGUCAAGCGGAGGGUUCUGUUGAACCGCACGAAGCUGGGCAAGAACUAUGCCGCUCUCGUCGCGUACUUGGACGACAAGAAGCAGCCCAAGGCCAAGGGGAAGAGGGACAGCGGUGGUGGGAAGACGCCGCAGAAGCAGCAGCAGCAGCAACAGAAGCAGAAGAAGGCGGCUGUGAGUGCGGAGAUGGUGCUCGAAGACGAUGAUGUCGAGGACAGUGUCCUGGACGAAGAAGAGGAGCAGCAUAAGCGUGAUCUUGCCGAGGACGAUGUCGAUGGCGACAAUGCACGAGAAAACGCCGGGGAUGACCUUGACGACGAUGAUGGUCACGUAGGCGGCGAGGUCGAGGACGACGAUGUAAUGGGUGACUGAUUGAUUGGUCCCCGUUCUCUGCACGGGGCAAGCUGCGAGGGUACAGAGCUCUACUGUACAGGCAUUGAUUUGGUCUCUUGUCGGAGGAACUCUUUUCUUUGUGUCUGGCCAGGGCCACAUAUUGACGCCAGUACGGAGUACCUCCUUUUCGUUUUCCCAGUCAGUAUCCGUACCAGACUCACCUACCUUACUGUAGUACUAGAUUUUUAACUUGUUUCUUG